UUAUUAUUAUUUACUCACUAUCUUAUCUGUCAUAAUUCGUCAAUAUAAUUGUUGGAGUGGAAUCAUUAUAAUUAUUGUAAUCGGUCCUUAUUGUUGUAUCAUUUGUCCCCUCUCCGGUGUCGAACGUUAAAAAAAUCUUUUAAAACUAUUUUUCAACCAUUGUCCAUUGUUCGGUUUACUGAGUUUCGGUUAGCAACUGAAAUAGGUGCUAACGUAGUAUUUUGUUUACAAUUUUCAUUUUCAAUUUUUCCAUACAUUUUUCUUACUUGUAAAGACCGUAUGAUGACAGAAUAACCAUGUCCGAUUACUGUUUAGUGCCCACCAUGGAUGAGUCGCAUCCCAGGCCGACUGAAACUACAGGCUUGUCAGGGAAAGUUGAAAAAGAAGAAAAAGUUCAUAUUCCUGAAUCAAGCUCGGCGGGAUUUAGUUUUCGGAAACUAUGGGCAUUUACAGGGCCUGGAUUUUUGAUGAGUAUUGCCUACCUUGAUCCAGGCAAUAUAGAAUCAGACCUACAGUCUGGUACGACUGCCAGGUACAAGUUACUAUGGGUGUUAAUGAGUGCUACCAUUUUGGGUUUGGUAAUGCAACGACUAUCAGCUCGCUUAGGUGUUGUUACCGGCCUUCAUUUAGCUGACAUGUGUUAUCGCCAGUACAGAAAAGCUCCAAGACUAUUUGUUUGGCUAAUGAUGGAAGUUGCUAUCAUUGGUUCAGAUAUGCAAGAAGUCAUCGGCACUUCAAUUGCAAUUUACUUAUUGAGUAACAAAAUGAUACCACUUUGGAUAGGAGUGCUGAUCACUGUCAUUGAUACUUUAUCUUUUUUGAUGCUGGACAAGUAUGGACUUCGAAAAUUGGAACUAGUGUUUGGUCUAUUCAUUGUUAUAAUGGCAUUGUCAUUUGGAUAUGAGUUUGCAAUUGUUCAACCUGAUAUAAAAGAUAUGGCUAAAGGAUUGGUUACUCCUUGGUGUUCAAACUGUCAAGAAUCUGCUCUUCUUCAGGCUGUCGGCAUUAUUGGAGCAAUCAUAAUGCCACAUAAUCUUUACUUACAUUCAGGCCUAGUCAAGUCUAGAGAAGUUGACAGAACAAAAAAAGACAAAUUACGAGAAGCCAACUAUUAUUUUUUUAUCGAAUCUAGUGUUGCUUUAUUUGUAUCAUUUGUUAUCAAUGUGUGUGUUGUAUCAGUUUUUGCUCAUGGAUUAUACAAUAAGACAAAUAGUGAUGUGUUAGAGAUCUGUACCAAGAACAAUAACACAUAUUCAGAUAUUUUCCAAAAUGAUACCCAAUUAGUAGAAGUUGACAUAUACAAAGGUGGGGUAUUCCUUGGUUGUCAAUUUGGCAUAGGCGCCAUGUAUAUUUGGGCAAUUGGUAUUUUAGCUGCCGGUCAAAGUAGUACAAUGACCGGAUGUUAUGCUGGACAAUUUGUAAUGGAAGGCUUUUUAAACCUCCAAUGGAGCCGAUGGAAAAGAGUUGGGUUUACUCGACUUGUUGCUAUAGCACCCACUUUUUAUGUGGCAUUUUUUAGUAAUAUUAAUGACUUGACUGGUAUGAAUGACCUAUUAAAUGCGGUAAUGAGCUUACAACUACCAUUUGCUACACUUCCAGUCAUUGCAUUUACUAGUAAUCCUCGCAUUAUGGGAGAGUUCACCAAUGGAUUGGGAAAUAUUUUAAUAACAAUUGUUUUGUCUGUUAUUAUUAUAAGUAUAAAUAUAUACUUUGUAAUCCAUCAUACUAUCACAAAUUUCACUUACAAUUUGACUUUAUUAAUUGGAGUUUUGACGUAUAGUACAAUUUAUUUAUUAAUGUGUGCAUAUCUUACACUGCAUCUAGUUAUCAGUAUGCUGGACGAUUGCAGUGUGUUACGUAGAAAUCCGUUUGUUAUUAGAUUUAUUGGUCCACAAAUCGGGAACACUUUUUCUCAACAUCAACAAACAAAUUCUUCUCCUCCUAGCAGCCAAGAUGACAUAACAAAUAUCAAGCUAUAAUAAUGAAUAAUGUUGGAAUGUUGUUGCAUGUGUCAAAAGGAUUGUACUUAACACCGUACGACUAGCAA